GCAUGUACAUUUAUAACACUCUUUGUUAUACGUUUCGAGCCACAUUUAUAUUAUGCACACACAAAUAUUGUAAAUGAAAACAAUAAACAAUAUCCCCAAGUGGCAUCUAAUGAUCUUUAUCGUAAGGUGGGUGUAUAUACGCGUUACAGUGUUUAUAUCUGCCUAUCUGUAUGUAUGUGGUGUGUAUAUAUGCGUUGCAGUGUUUAGGUUGUCCUCAUGAGUUUACGUAGCACAUCCGUAAGUUUCUUACGCUUUGUAGAUUCUACCUCUCCACUUCUUUACGUUCUUGUUCAGCUUUUUCUCUUCAUUACGUGGCAUAUCUCUUCGUCUAUAUAUGUUUUAUUUAUCAUUAUAUUACAUAUAAUAUAUAAUAAAACCGCAAGAGGAGUUGAGUUAUAUAAAUUGUCCGGCUUCUCUUCGAAUAUUUAGAGCCAGAGCCAACCCUCUCUCUCUCUCUCCCUCUCUCCGUACAUUCCUUUAUAAAAACCUUUCUUUUUUUCUUCGAAUCUUUAAAGUUUUCUGAGGAAGUUUGAAUUUUCUGGGGGUUCUGUUUGUUUCUCGGUAAAAUCGAUUUUUUAGAAGAUGGGUUUCACGAGGACGAAACGAGUCACUGACCCACUCGCUGACGAGGUCAGGGCUCGAUUCUUCGGGUGCAGUUUCAGCAGCGGCAGUGAGCAUUCCGGCGACGGGUUCCACGACGAUGACUCCCCUUGUCUCUCCGAGUUGGUCCAUGGAUUUUUAGAGGAUCACCAGGACGAGAUCGCCGGCGAGUCGUCGUCGCGCUGGAGCGAAAAUGACUCGGGUUCCGACUCUGAGUCUGACUCGGAACGAGUCGAUUCGUCGGCAGAGCGAUCCGACGCCGCUGAGGAGAUCGCGAGGUUGAUCAGAAACUGCAUCAGGGACGACCCGUACGGACAUGCGCUAUUGGUCCACGUCACCAGGGCCAUGGAAGUCUUGUCGUCUAACGGAUCUCACGGAGAACACCACGCCGUUUUUCACCCGAACGAUACGCCGUCUCCCGACUCCCAGCACGAACGCCGCGCCGUUCUCCGCCGGAGAGUGAUGUCUCUCCUCCGCGAGCUCGGACACAAUGCGGCGAUCUGUAAGACCAGAUGGAGAUCCUCCGGAAACCUACCCGCUGGGAACCACGAGUUCAUCGACAUCAUCGUCCAAUCAAACAACGACACGUAUCGCUACAUCGUGGAGCUGGACUUCACGUCGCAGUUCGAGAUCGCUAGACCCACGACGCAAUACUCGUUUGUGCUGCAAUCGCUGCCGAGGAUCUUCGUGGGUCGAGUGGAGGACCUGAAGCGGCUCGUGCGUCUCACGUGCGACACGGCGAGGCGUUCGCUGAGGAGCCGUGGUCUGACGGUGCCUCCGUGGCGGAAGAACCGUUACAUGCAGACUCGGUGGCUGGGUCCGUACAAAAGGACGACGGCAGGAUUGACGCCGUCAUCUGACGACGCUAACACCGUCGUUUGUCGCGCCAUCGGCUUCGACAAUACCAUCGAGGGGCGCCUGUUUGUACGGACUCGAUGAUAAAGACGAUUUCACCACGUGACUAUUAAUUGUGAUUUUCUCCGAGUUACAAUUUUAGUAUUUUUUUUAUAUUUUAAACAAAAUUACUAAUUAUAAAAUUUGAACGUCCUAUUCGAACGCAGGUAUAAAAAAAUACGGAUUCGUGGAUAUAAUCGUUUAACCUAUAUUAGUUGUAAUUUUUAUUUUCAUUUUGUAAAAUUGUCUAAAAAUAAUGGAAGAACAAUGUGCGCUACGCGGCAAACGAACAUCGUAAAGCAUAGGAGCAACCGUGAAGUGGGACAAAACACGCAACAAGUGCAUGAUCUUGAGCCGUAGACAUGAAUCAGAUCCAACGGUUGAAAACUAAUCGACAAAAACAGGUGGACGUGGACGUCGUUGCAGAGGAUUAUAAUCCGUUUCUAUCGACGUGGCAAUACCACGUGACGUGGUGAACGUGAAAUGCGUCGGUCCACAUCCAGGCGGGCUCAUUGCACUGUCAUAUAGUGGACCGCACCUGAUAAAAACCCACCUAAAAGAAAGACCAAAAAAAUUGGAGCACGUGACUUGGAUAAGAUUAUCUAUCUAUAUAUUAGUUUUAUUCCUUUGUAU